AUGGCGGGUCGAGGCAAGGCUAUAGGAUCCGGGGCCGCGAAAAAGGCCACUUCACGGUCGAGCAAGGCAGGUCUGCAAUUCCCGGUCGGUCGUAUCGCCCGGUUCUUGAAGGCAGGAAAGUACGCCGAGCGAGUCGGUGCUGGAGCUCCGGUCUACCUCGCCGCGGUCCUUGAAUACCUUGCCGCUGAGGUUCUGGAAUUGGCUGGUAAUGCAGCAAGAGACAACAAGAAGACUCGAAUUGUGCCACGCCACAUUCAGCUUGCUGUGCGUAAUGAUGAGGAGCUCAGCAAGCUUCUUGGUGAUGUUACAAUUGCUAAUGGCGGUGUCAUGCCCAACAUUCACAACCUUCUGCUCCCAAAGAAGGCUGGGACCUCAUCCAAGAACGUAGGCGGUGAUGAUGACUCUUAA